UUCUCCAAACCGUAUUAUAUAAACCCACUUCUCGUUCUUCACAUUAUCAAACCAUCUCUCUUUCUUCUUCCUUUUGGUAGUUUUGUGUUAGAGAGAGAUGGCGAAAAUGUGUUUAAUGAUGAUUAUAGUUGCUGUGGCCAUUACUAUGGUUGCUAGUGAUCCAAUUGCACCGUGUUACUUCAUAUUUGGUGACUCUUUGGUUGAUAACGGCAACAAUAAUCAGCUUAAUUCACUAGCUAGAGCCAAUUACUUUCCUUAUGGUAUUGAUUUCUCUCAAGGUCCAACCGGUCGGUUUAGCAACGGCAAAACUACUGUCGAUGUUAUCACUGAGCUUUUGGGUUUUGACGACUACAUUACACCAUAUGCCGCCGCUAGAGGAGAAGAUAUCCUCCGUGGAGUCAACUAUGCUUCUGCUGCUGCCGGAAUCCGAGAAGAAACCGGUAGACAAUUGGGAGGUAGAAUCGCAUUUGCAGGUCAAGUAGCAAAUCACGUGAACACGGUGUCACAAGUAGUGAACAUACUCGGCGAUGAGGACCAAGCCUCCAGUUACCUCAGCAAAUGCAUUUACUCUAUCGGCUUAGGCAGUAACGAUUACCUCAACAACUACUUCAUGCCCACUUUUUACUCUACCGGUAACCAAUUCUCGCCUGAAUCCUAUAGCGACGAUCUCAUUGCCCGUUACACCGAGCAACUCCGGAUAUUGUACAAUAAUGGCGCAAGGAAGUUUGCGUUGAUAGGAGUCGGUGCUAUUGGCUGCAGCCCGAACGAGCUAGCUCAGAACAGUAGAGAUGGGAGAACAUGUGACGAAAGGAUCAACUCUGCGAACAGAAUCUUCAACAGCAAGCUCAUAUCAAUAGUCGACAGUUUUAACCAAAACACUCCUGAUGCUAAGUUCACUUACAUCAACGCAUACGGCAUCUUCCAAGACAUCGUUACAAACCCUGCUCGCUACGGGUUUACAGUGACAAAUGCAGGGUGUUGCGGAGUUGGGAGGAACAAUGGGCAGAUAACUUGUCUUCCUGGUCAAGCCCCAUGUUUGAAUAGGAAUGAGUAUGUGUUUUGGGAUGCCUUUCAUCCCGGUGAAGCUGCGAAUGUUAUCAUUGGAACAAGAUCGUUUAGGCGAGAAGCUGCUUCUGAUGCUCAUCCUUAUGAUAUUCAGCAGCUAGCAGCUCUCUAAGCUGAGAGUGACAGAAAGAUAAAGAAACUUGUUGUUUUUGCUUGUAUAAGUGUUUUGAUAAUGGUUACUGAGUUUGGACUCGUGAAGAAAAAGUGAUGUCCUAUAUGGUUUGAUGUGAUAAGUGUUUAUGUAAUGAUUUGGAGUUAGAGUUUCAUCUUUUAUGUUUUAUUUACUCUAUUAUAAAUUUGAUUCUUUCGUUUCUUAUGUA